GAACAAAUAAGCUGUCUCUUUAAGAAUGAUGUGCUUCAAGAGUGCUUUUUCAACUUCCUCAUUUAUCUUCAUCAUUUUAUUUGGAAUCAUUUCGCCACCGGUUUACGCUGACGCUGGUGACAACUGCCGCGACAUUUUAUUCAUGGAACCAAUACCAAACAAAGUGAUUACGGGCCACGUGAUCAAGAUUUUAGAACUACCUUAUGAAGGAGAGUGCCACGUGAUGUGUUAUAUGGAGCCUGAUUGUGUGUCCAUCAAUGUUAGACCUUCUUACGGAGGGAAAUACAAGUGUGAGUUAAAUAACGCCACAGCUGAUGUAGACCAAUUAACUGCCGUUCAGGAAGUAGCUGACAGUUAUUACCGAGCUAUUGAGAAUCCUUGCGAUAGUAACCCAUGUUAUAAUGGAGGUACCUGUCAAGCUGGAUUUACAAAUAAAGGUUUUCGUUGCAUUUGCCCAUCUGGACUCCAAGGAAUAAAAUGUGAAGCGGUCAAGUCUUGCAGCGAGCUGAGGAUAAUUCACCCUGAAGCAAAAAGCGGCAAUUACGUCAUUGAUCCUGACGGUGAUGGAGGACUGAUGCCGUAUAAUGUCACCUGUAACAUGACUGACAAGAACGGAGUUGGCGUGACAGUUAUAAGUCACGACAGCGAAAGCAGAACACUGGUGGAUGGAUGUGACCCAGAGGGUUGUUACUCACGCGAGAUCGUUUACACAGGAGCAAGCUUUCCUCAGCUAGCGAGCCUCACCAACGUCUCCCUGCACUGCGAACAACAGUUUAAGUUUGAGUGUUUUCAUGUAAGGAUGUAUAAGAACAGAGACUUUGCCUGGUGGGUGUCACGUGAUUCCAUGAACAUGACUUACUGGAAUGGAUCUGUAUUUAGCCCACGCAAAUGCGCAUGUGGAAUGGACAACUCUUGCCAACAGCGCGCAAAUAAUAACAAUAAAAUAAAUUACUGUAACUGUGACAUGAACGAUAACACAUGGCGGGAAGACACAGGUCUACUCACAAACAAAUUACAUUUGCCAGUUAAACAACUGAAAUUUGGAGAUUCAGGAACAGCAAAAAACAACGUUAAUGAACACGGUUAUCAUACGUUGGGAAAGUUCAAGUGUUACGGAAAACACUGAAAGUAAAACCUGGUCGUUGUUUCUUAACUCUUUCCUAAAGCCUUUAUUCUUAACAGCUCACGGAUUCAUGGAAAACAAGAUUCCCAUCACGAAAUUCAAGUCAGUGCAUUUAGGUGUUAUGUCCAUUCAAAUUUCCAUUCUCUAGGUCUUUUCUCUCAAAACCUUAACCCUUUAACUCCCAGAGGUGACUGACAUGAAAUUUCUCCCUAUAAUAUCCAUACAUUAUUCAACAAACAGCUAAUGAGAAUAUUCAACAAACAGCUAAUGAGAAUAUUCAAACUUGCUAUCUUUAUCUAGCACCAAGUUCUUACAACUAAUUUACAAGGAAAUGUGUAGCAGCUACAGGGGAGAAUUAACACAGAUUAUGAGAGUUAAAGGAUUAAGGCAGAGCUUCAAUUUACAACCUUUUUGUACAUGCAGAAUUUAAUUUUAUGCAUGGUUGGAUUUACAUGAAGACACAGACCACAUCUAGGGACAUCACCUGCCUGUAAAACUUUCUCAGCUCAAUGGCUUACUGAAUCUUUGCUUCUUACAAGGUUCCAUGAACAUGUUCUGCUUUGCCUAAGUAAAAUGGUAAUAAAAUUCAUGUCCUGUUUCUCCAUGCCCACAGACCUUUCCAUGGAUGAGAGAUAUUUAUAUAAUGCUAGAAAUAGUCAUGGAUAAGUGAAGUGCGUUUGAUCUCUGGUAAGUUAAUAUAAACUAUUGACUGCUUGGGAGGGCUGGACAAGGUCAUGACAUAAGGACUGAACACAGAAUUGUGCAGGGACAUACAACUCAUAUGAUAACACUCAUUAUUAACAUUUCAAUAUCCUGCUAGUUCAUUUACUUGCAUUAGGGACUAGUAGAUGUACAUUUUAGAUGCCACUAAUACCCUUUACAGAUCAGAGUACUAGUAAAACCAAAUUAAGUGUUAUAUUGUACAAUCGUUAAACUUUGUUGAAUAUCAAAGCCGUUUACAGUGAAGUUAGUCAGUAAAUGACACAGCCAUGCUUGGAGAAAAAGAAUGCCAAGUGCAGCCAAUAGGGGUCCAAACCACAACCUUCUAAUUGGUACUUUGGGUGCUUUGCCACUGAACUAUUGGAGACUCGUAGCAGGCUGGGCUGUUUAAUUAGGUCCAUAAUGAUAAACCUCCUGCAUACUGCCAGGAUAGGAAUUUCAAUAUGUAAUGCUAUACAGAAUGAUGAUAUAAAUGAAGAUGGUAUCAACAGUCAUGUUUGUUAAAUCACUGGUUGACAUGUACAUGUAUUAAGAGAGGAUGAAGGUUGAA